AUGAGUAUCAUCGUCUCCAUGGUCUACUCUUGAGUUUGUGGCUCGGUGAAUCUAAAUCUGCACAAGAAAGAAGAAAAAUGGCAAAGCCCCCACAAAGACUCUUCCAACACCAUUCUCAAUUUCUGGGUCUCCUCAGAUCACACAUCAAUCGUCUUCAUUUUCACGAUAAACCCUCCAUCUCUCUUCCCGCCGGCGGCUCCCUUUCUCCUUCCUCUGCUAUUCGCGGCCCUGAUCCACUUUCUACAACCCUAUGCUUUUCUUCCAGAGUUGAAAGCUUCCAAAUUCAAUCUAAGCGGCUCUCGAAACCCUACCCGAUUCCUCCGAUUUUCUCUUCUGGGUUUGGUGCUAGACUCUACGCAAACUCAUCAGGGCUUAGGUACUUCUCUUCUGGGGGUUGGAACUUGGGUAAAGCUCAAACCAAUGCUAAUUUCCCAAAGGCAUUUCUGGAUCUGCCGCUGCGUUCUCUUCGUUCUGCUUUCUAUCGUUACCGGGAAGCUGUUGGAUUGCAGAUUGAGGCGUUUUGGAAGAGGAAUUAUGUGUUUCUGUUGGGGGCCGGAGGAGUUGUGCUGUGCGCUGUGUUGUGGAGGGCUAUGUUUGGAAUUGCAACCACUUUCGUCGGCCUUUCUGAAGGCAUGGCCAAGUAUGGGUUUCUUGCGCUUUCAGCAUCUAUAGUUGCUUUCUCUGGCCUGUAUAUCCGUUCAAGGCUCACAAUCAAUCCUGAUAAAGUUUAUAGAAUUGCCAUGAGGAAGCUUAACACAUCUGCUGGGAUUCUUGAGGUUAUGGGUGCCCCUCUCACAGGGACAGAUUUGAGAGCAUAUGUGAUGUCAGGAGGUGGACUUAGUCUGAAGAAAUUCAAGCCAACUCUUAGGAGCAAGCGCUGUUUUCUUAUCUUCCCAAUUCGAGGUUCUGAGAGAAGAGGCCUAGUAAGCAUUGAAGUCAAGAAGAAAAAAGGCGAGUAUGAUAUGAAGCUACUGGCAGUUGAUAUACCUAUGGCAACAGGACCUGAUCAACGUUUGUUCCUGAUUGGAGAUGAAGAAGAGUACAAGGUCGGUGGUGGACUAAUAUCUGAACUAAGAGAUCCUGUAGUAAAAGCAAUGGCAGCAACUAAGGAGUUUGAAGAGCUUGAUCAGAUAGAGGAAGAAGAAGAUGCUGAAAGAGAACUUCAGGAAGCAGAAAGAAAGCACAGAGAAGAAAUUGAAAAGCUUGAGAAAGGUGCCCCCCAGUGAUUGUUUCAAGAGUUUUUGGCUCUUGGUUUCUCACUAAAGUUGUUAAGCCUGAGGUUUUGACUUAGGAUAUAAAAGAAAGUGAUACAGGGCUCCCUGCCUCUGUAUCAGAGUUGAGUUUUGCAAGGAUUACUUUACCUUGUAAAGCUAAUUAGGGCGUUUAGAAAUGUCAAAAUUUGCCAAACUAGGAUGAAUAGAACUUAUCAUUGAGGCACACCCUGAAUAAGACCAACCUUUGCUUUUGUGAUGUUUCAUGGCGCAUUUGCCUUAUUUAAUCUAUAAACAGGUUCCAUUCACACACACAAA